AUGCAACGACAUAAUGCCGCUUGGCAAGAAUCAUUACGUUAUCGUUUUCCAGAACUUGAUCGUCUUGGUGGAUUAAAACGUAUCACAUUGAAUGACAAUCCAAAAAUAUGCGAUGAAGGCUCUAUUCAAUUAGCUGAUGCAUUGAUUGAUGAUUUAUGGGUGAAAGCUAUUGAUUUACAAGCAUGUAAUUUAAGUGAUAGCUCAGCAAGUACAUGGUUAGCUGUAUUGAUUGGAUUACGAAUAGCUAAUGGAAAUCAAUUGAUGACACAUGAUGAAAUACAUUUGAAAUCAAAUAGAUCAUCUACUAUAGAUGAUCAACAUCGUGGAAAUCAUUCUUUAGUUGUUCUUGAUUUACGCAGAAAUCCUAAUAUAUCUCGUGAUCUUUUACGUGCUGUAACAGAAAGGGCACUUAUCAAUUCUGAGGGUAAACAGACUGAAUUUAGUUGGUUAAAAGCUGGCUCACAAACUCCAUCACAAUUAUGCUCUGGUGUAACAACUUAUCCAUGGCCAGGUUUAACUGAUAUCUCAAAUCAUAUUCCUGGUAUUGAUCUAACAAAUUCAUUCAACAAAUCUGUGAAAUCAUCAAAUUCUUAUCGAAAAAGAUCAAAAUCAAAUAAUUCUUUUCAUAAUCAUGAGAAAACUGUUAAUUCUGAUGAUAAAAAUGUAUGUAUAUAUCAUAGAAAUAAUUUAUCUGAUAGACCACCGUUUAUACCUGCUGGUGGUCGACCGAGAUGCCGUAGUGCGGAUCCUGCCCAUUAUCUAGAUCAUAGAACACAUCAUAAAUGUAAUGUAGACCUACAUAAGAAGUGUAAUCAUCAUUUACAUUGUUCUGAUUCUGGGCAGCCUUUAAGUGAACGAGCAGUAUGGAAGCCACCUGGUGUGGCUAAAACUAUGCAAAAAGUAUAUUAUAGUCGACCAACUACUCCAUUAUCAAAUCAAACAAGUUCUACUGCAGGAAUACCAUGGAGAACUGCCGCAAGAGCAUCACGCUGUCGAGGCUACCCAAAUUUUCACUGUCCAGGUAAAACAUGUCUUGAAUCACGUGCUCUACAUUUGGAUUAUAAUCUUGUCAAUAAACAAUCAUCAAAUGUUAAUAAUAUAAAUCAGAAUGUCAAUAAAUCUGUUAUUCUUCCAUGUGCAAAAACAUUGAAUAGGGUUAUCGCUGAUGGAUGUCAUUGCCACCAACAUCAUCGUCAACCACAAACACAAAAACAGCGUCUUGGGCAUAACCGACAAAACUCAACGUAUCAAAAAUCAUGUUCAAUGAUCAAUUCCAGAAUAAGUUCUCCAGAAUUAUCAGGGAUGAAUUUUCAGCAUAAAUUAAAACAGCUUAUGACGAAAGUAUCACAACUUGAAAAAGAUUUACAAAGUGAAAAACGAAAAUCUGAUCGGUUAUUGAGAAAUCAUCAGUUUGUUCAACAGGCGGAUGAAUCUAAGCAUCUAUUUAAAAUUGAUCAAGAUUCAAUACAUCAAUUGAGAAACUUCAUUUGUCGUUUGACAAAUAUGAUUGAGACUCUUCAAAAUUCCAAGAAUAAAUCUAAUACAUCCAAUGAUGAACUUAAUAUUUUACAAGAUACAUUUGAAGAAUUAUGCUCUCUUAUUAGUCGUAUUACAGAAGAAGAAAAUGUUAACAAAAAUCAUUCUUCUACUUAUUAUGAUGAAAUAAGUAGUAACAAAAUGAAUAAAGAAGAAACUAAAAUAGAAAAAUGUGUAAAUCAUACUAAACAAUCAUGUAAACAAAAAUCUAAUACUAAACAUGUAAAAGGACAUAUUCAAUGGAAAACUAUUGCUAAAACACGUGCUGUACAAACAGAUAAUCUACAGAAUUCAAUUAAAACUAAUGAAAAGAUAAUAAAUAAUAAAAACACUAUACAACAUAAAUAUGAAGUAUCCAAUCCACAUAUUGCAUGGAUUCCUUCUACCUGUACAAAUACAGCUACUCAUACCGGUAUCAAAGGUACUAUGUCGAAUUCAUAUAAUGACAAUGAUAAUAACGAUGAUGAUGAUAAUAAUAAUAAUAUCAAUAAUAGCAAAGGAAUUUCUUUAAACUCAGAAGAUGAACAAGAACAAAGUCAAAUAACUAACAACACAUCUAUAACUAGUAACAAUAAUAAUAAUCUAAGGGUUACGAGCUAUGGAAAUAUUAAUCACAAAAAUUCUAUGGAUGAUCACAACAGUAACCUUGAACAUCAAUAUUGUCGUUUAGAAAAAACUACUGCUGAACAUCAUCACUCUUCAACUAAUUCUACAGAACAACUAAUUGAUAAUUUAGAAAUUUUUAAGAAAAGUUCACAAACAGAUCAAAUGUUUGCUGAAUUGAAAGCAGCUACAAUAAUCGGUACAUAUUCAAAUGAUGAUGAAAAUAAUAACACGAAGAAUCGAUUACUGGAUAAUAAACAAAUGAAUGGGUGUAUACCAGAGGUGAAAAGAAUUGAAAUAUGUGACACAAAUGAAAUAUCAAUGCUAAACGAUUCAAACAGUUCAACACGUGUCUCAAAUGUUUCCAACAUUCAAAACAUUAACUGUAAUAAGAAUUUAAACACAAUUGAGAAUGACGAAUUGAUUGGUAAACAAGUGGGCAGUACCAAUCAAACAACAACAAAUAAAUCACCAACUCAUCAGAAAUCUAAUGAAUUCGAUCAAUUGAACAUUGAAACGAGUCAUUUGAACAAAUGUAGUUUGAAUAAACCGAAUCAAUUUCUUCAUAAUGAAAACAUCUGCCUCAUUGAGAAUACAAUUUGUAAUGAUGAAAAAACUAUUCAGACAAACAAUAAUGAUAAUCACAACAUCAAUGCUACUUCUAGUAAUAAUAAUAAUAAUAAUAAUAAUAAUAAUAAUAAUAGUGUAAGUGAUUCAGAUGACGAGUUAUUUAAUGAGUUGAUCAGGGGUAAUUUCGAUUCCCCGAUCCCCAAUCCCAUGGACUAUGAUUUAAACUCUGUAGAUUAUGAUGAAAUAGCUUAUGAUGAUCAGUUAUCAUCAACUAGUACAAGUCUAUUGUUGGACAAUUCAAAUCCAAUUUAUCAAUCAACAAAUAAUUCAUUGAUAUCAACUGAAAAUUGAUCAACAUUAUUACUAUUAUUAAUAGUAAUCGGGUAUCUUACUUCGAAUUCGUGUUUGAUUCUCAUUUCAUUUUAAAUUGUUUACGUAUUGAUAAUUUGAACACCUUCCGGUGAUUACGACAAUUUCACAUACAUACAUCUUUUGUAAUUUUAAAAAAAUCAACUGACUGCAGUACAGAUAUAAUACGUAUGUUGUGAGCACAAAUAUGUUAGUGUUCAUAACAUCUUUUCUUACAUUUUUGUCUGUUAAGCUUUUCGGAAUAAAAAAACCUCGUAAUAUCA